AUGAGCAACAAACGCUUCACUGUCAAUCCCUUCGGAGAGCUAACGCUCACGUCCGAAGACCGUGCCAAGCUCGUGGACAUCGCUGACACUCUCGUCCAGGCCAAGCUUGACGCGUAUGAAGAGUAUACAAAAACCGCCAAGGUAAUCGACCUCGUGCGCUGGAAGAAAUUCUCCACUUCGGGCGCUGCGACGACGUACAUCGAGCGAAAGAACUCGAACCCGGACUCCAAUUUACCUGAGCUUCUCAUGACUGGUCCACUGCCUGGUACGUUAGACGAAAACAUGUUUGGUCUCGUCAAUCCGACGCUAGAAGCCAUGCGGAUCAAGGCGUCGUACUUGAAUGACUUCAGUGCUGCGGCUGUGCUGGCUACAAUUGUGGAGCCUACGGUGGACGAGCCCUUCCGGUCGGUUGUGGUGAAAUGGAUGGAGAUCGACAUCCCUGGAGCGUCGAUUGGUGUUGUUCGCAACCGCGACUACAUCUACGUUGAAAGCACGGGCCUCACGAAACUUAAAAACGGCGAUCGCGUGGGUUAUCACUUGCUGCACUCCGUCAACUUCCCACAGACCCGUGAGCUGCCGAAUCGAGUGCGUGGCAACAUGUCGUUGUGCGCUAUUUUGUGUCAAGAAGGAGAGGAUCGAACGGACUGCCGCGGCACGGGUAUUAUGGAUCCCAAGGGUGAUAUGAUCCGGAUGGUGGCUGUGAUGGGGAUGGUUCAAGCCACGAUGGCAGGUGUAAAGUACUCGUACUGCGGUCAGAUGAAGAAGCUCGCUUGGCUACUGGAGCAGAAGCACGCAGCACGACGGGAGCGAAGCGCUCGUGUCGUUAAACCAGUGUGCGUGACGUGCUCAAAGCCGACGAAAACCUCGAAAUUAAGAGUCGGCAAAACUGACAGCACGUGCAAGUUGUGUUUCAAGGCGGUGUGUGGCUCGUGUAAAGUUCACAAAAAGCUGAGCUUUAUCUCGCCGGAUCUGGAGCUCACUCAGAGGAAGGUGGCGUUCUGUGUCAAGUGUUUGAUGAAAGCGACUCGCUUGGAUACGCUGGAAGCUGCGUGCCAUCAAUUUGUCUACAAGCGAAAUGUCCGACCGGUGUCUCGCGAGACGUUCGUCACCAGUGAAAUGAGCGCAUCCUCGGACGGCACAGUAGACGGACAAUAG